AUGAAUGGGAGCGACGCUCCCGUCAUCGUCUCGAUGUCCAUCGGGGUCGGUGGCAUCAUCCUCUUGGAGUCCUCCCUCAGCUUCCUGGGAUUCGGAAUUCAGCCACCCGGCGCGAGCUGGGGAAGCAUGGUCACAGAGAAUUUAUUCCAGUGGCGUACUUAUCCACAUCUGGUGCUCAUGCCGGGCCUGACUCUGGCCAUCGCGGUCAUCGGUUCAACUUCCUGGGUGACGGACUGA